UGAAUUCCAUCGCCGAUCGCCUUCUUCUCUGACUCCCAAUUUAGGAUUUCUUUCCGCGGAAGUACACGGUUCCAAUCUUCCACGAAUACAUGGAUAAGCUCUCUCUCUUUCUAAUAUGUUCAUUGGUGCAAGUAAAGCUCCCUCCAGCUCUCUCCAAUUCAAAAAUUGCAGCCUACCCUCCUCCUUACGGACUCGACGUCGCCGUUAACUCGGCCAGCUCCCACCCCGCGCCUUCUGAUAACCUCGUCCCCGUUCGGCGUGAAGUACACGGGGGUGGUCGGAUUUUCGACAUAACACAUACUCUGCGCCCUGAAAUGCCGUCAUGGGGUUCUGAAGAGGGACUCGGUCAGUUCCUGUGGCUCCCCCAAAGCAUGAAAAACGGUUCUCUGGCCAACAACUCCGAGAUGAAGCUCCCUACUCACACCGGUACUCAUAUUGAUUCCCCUGGCCAUGUCUAUGAUCACUAUUUGGAUGCAGGAUUCGAUGUUGACACUCUCGACCUUGAAGUUCUGAACGGUCCUGCAUUGGUCAUUGAUGUUCCAAGGGACAAGAACAUUACCGCUCAAGUAAUGAGGUCCUUCAAUAUUCCAAAGGGAGUUAAGCGAGUGUUGUUUAGAACGCUUAACACGGACAGGCGUCUUAUGUGGAAGAAAGCAUUUGACACAAGCUAUGUGGGAUUCAUGAAGGAUGGAGCACAGUGGCUAGUUGACAACACUGACAUUAAACUUGUAGGAAUUGAUUACUUAUCUGUUGCUGCAUAUGAUGACCUGAUUCCUUCCCAUUUAGUUUUUCUCAAAGACAGGGAAGUUAUUCUCGUGGAAGCCCUGAAACUCGAUGAUAUUGAACUUGGGGUGUAUAAUGUCCAUUGCUUACCAUUGCGGAUGCUUGGUGCUGAGGGCUCACCCAUUAGAUGCAUUCUUAUAAAGUGAAAAAACUGAAAAUGCUCACUUCCAACUGUUGUUACACAGGCAAGUCACACCAUGCUGAAGAACAACCCAAUAUUAUGCAUUUUGCCCCCCCCCACCCAUUUGAUAGCCUCUUUAAUCUUUACCAGGUUAUUAUCAUGCAUGUUUAGUAGUUGCUGCAAAAACCAGCUGGGGGGGGGGGGGGGGGGGGGGGGGGGAUCUUGAAGCUAUGCAAGUUGAAAGUGCCAUCAGAAGCUUUAGUGGGAUCAUCUUUUCUAACUUGGAUUCCUUUGGUUGAGAUAUGUGAUGGCCUUUUUACUUAACAGUCACAUUAAAUAUGCACAUAGAUAACAUUUAAUAUUCCAGGACCGAUGGCAGGUUGAAAUGGGAUAUGCAUUUGUAUUUUUAAAUACCCUUUAGUUAUUCGGAAGUUUUAGUUAAUGAAUUGCUAUGUUAUUAUAAAAAAAUGUCCACAUUGUGCA